AUGAGCAAAAGGGUUUGUGUGCAGCUGGUGCUGUCCUCAUGGGUGGGAGGUUUCCUUCUCAUCAUUGUACCUAGUAGCAUCACAUUUCAGCAGCCUUUCUGUGGCCCCAAUACCAUCAAUCACUUUUUCUGUGACAAUUUCCCAUUGCUAGAGCUUAUAUGUGCAGACACAAGCCUGGUGGAACUGAUAGGCUUUGUGGAGGCUAAUGUCACUUUGCUGGGCACCUUAUCUGUCACUGCCUCCUGUUACGGCCACAUCCUCUACACAAUCCUGCGCAUCCCCUCAGCCAAGGAGAGGCAGAAAGCCUUUUCCACUUGUUCCUCCCACAUCAUUGUGGUAUCACUUUUUUAUGGCAGCUGCAUCUUUAUGUAUUCAGGGCAGGUUCUACAACCAAACCCAAGAGCCCUUCUGGGGCCUGCUCUCCACUAUGCCAUCUGGGCAGAUGUGCAUAGGCCCAAGACCUUGAAAACCUUAACAUCAGGGGUCUCAGUACAGCAGGCUUCUGCAGGAGGAAGAGGUCUUGGAAUCCUGAGAUCUCAGAGCUCAAAGAGAGCAACAUUGCCCCUGGCCAGAGGUUCUAUGGGUGAGGGGCUCCUGGACAGUGGCUUAGCCAGACUCAGAAAUGCUUCAGCCCUUCGACAAAAAAGCCCCAAGUGGAGACUCCCUAAAACCAUUUCCAUUGGUUCUACUCAGAUUCAUUGUGGUUUCUCCUCCACAGCCCACGUACCCAUCACCAUGACUUCCCGACAUAACUCUGCAAAACCCAAGAUGACCACACCACAAGUGAAUCAGACCACCACAGUGACUCAGUUCAUUCUGCUUGGUUUUCCCAUCAGCAGAGAGGUGGAGCUGCUGCUCUUUGUGCUCCUUCUGCCCACCUACCUGACUACACUCCUAGGAAACACCCUCAUCAUCUGCAUUGUUGUGUCCUACUCACGCCUCUACACACCCGUGUACUUCUCCCUUUGCAAUCUCUCCAUCUUGGACAUCCUCUUCACUUCUGUCGUUUCCCCAAGAGUUCUGGCCAAUUUGGCCAUUGGGGAUAAGACUAUCACCUUUGCUGGGUGUAUCACCCGGUGCUUUUUCUACUUCUUCCUGGGGACAGUGGAGUUUCUUCUCCUGACAUCCGUGUCCUAUGACUGGUACACUGCCAUCUGUAACCCACUGAGGUAUAGCACGAUUAUGAGUCCUGUGUGCAUUGGACUGGUUCUUUUCUCAUGGGUGGGUGGUUUCUUGUCUGUUCUCUGCCCCAUCACAUUUAUCUCUAGGUUGCCCUUCUGUGGAUCCAAUAUCAUUAACCACUAUUUCUGGGGCAGUGGACCCCUACUGGCCUUUGCCAGUACAGACAGAACAUUUAUAGAGCUGAUGGAUUUCCUGCUAUCUUCCCUAGUCAUCCCCUGCUCCCUAAUCCUCACUGGAUACUCCUAUGUUUAUGUCAUCAUGACCAUCUUGCACAUCCCAUCAGCCAGUGGGAGGAAGAAGGCCUUUAACACCUGUGUUUCUCACUUGACCAUUGUAGUGAUUGCUGGUGGGAUCACAGCCUUUAUCUAUGUGACUCCCUCCCAGAAAGAAACCUUGGAGAUCAACAAAAUACCUUCAGUGUUGAGCAGUGUGGUGGCAUCUUUUCUUAACCCCUUCAUCUACACCCUGCGCAAUGACACUGUGCAGGGGAUCCUCAGGGAGGUGUGGGUGGGAGUCAGAGCAUUCUUAGUGGGAAGGGGGAGGGAACUGCUGAGCAGAGUAUCUAAAAAAGAUCGUUGA